GGCCAAAAAAAAAGGCAACCGGAAGGAAGGAAUUAAGCCCCCGCUAAAACCCUAAUCCCCAAAUUCCCGCUCGAUAUUGAACUCCCUCGUUCGUCGAGUUCUUCAGUGCAAUCCGGAAUCCCGCCUCGGAAUCGCCGACGACGAUGUCCGCGAGGAAGCAGGGCGACGGCCAGCCGGAAGACGGCGGCGCCACCGCCGGCAAGCGCCUCAAGAUCGCGAAAUUCUCCGAAGAUCCCGAGAAGAAGGGCUUGAGCCGGAGGCUCAAGGACGCGGAAAUCAGCUUGCCGAUCGUGUACGGAACCAUCGCGUUCUAUCUUGGUAGAAAGGCCAGUGAUUUGUUUGUCUCCACCGUGAUAAGGUCCCAAUCGCAUAAGUGGACGGUGUAUGUCCGCGGGGCGACUAAUGAGGAUCUCAGCGCAGUGAUCAAGCGGGUCGUGUUCCAAUUGCAUCCCAGUUUCAACAAUCCCACGAGAGUCAUGGAGGCUCCGCCUUUCGAGCUGUCAGAAUGUGGCUGGGGUGAAUUUGAAAUCGCUAUCUCCCUUUUCUUUCAUCCUGAUGUUUGUGACAAGCAGUUGGAUCUCUAUCACCAUUUGAAGCUGUACCCGGAAGAUGAGUCUGGUCCUCAAUCAACCAAGAAACCAGUUGUCGUUGAAUCUUAUGAUGAGAUUGUCUUUCCCGAUCCUUCAGAAGCUUUUUAUGCCCGGGUUCAGAAUAAUCCAGCUGUUAUAGUGCCGCGGAUGCCCGCCGGUUUUAACAUUUCUGCUCCUGCCCCAGAAAACACUAGUGAAUGGGAGAGAGGCGAUACUAAAGAUCAUCCUCUUAGUCAGUGGUUCAUGAAUUUCUCAGAGGCGGACGAGCUACUGAAGCUCGCUGCAGCUCGCCAGCAGGUGCAAGCUCAUAUUGUCAAGCUGAGGAGACAACUUAGUGUGAUGGAUGGGAUGCCUCAACUGUCAAAGCCAGCCCCUGCUUAUGAGUAAAAUGUCAUGUGAGACUUCUGAAGUUUCUGCUUCGGUUUUCUCAUGCAGGAACUGAUAGAUGACAUCGCAUAGUGGAGUGGCGAAAUAUCGUGAAACAUUCUCCUUUUGUUGAGUUUUUACUCCUGCAAGAUUGUAGUUCAGAAUUUGAGAAUCUGAAGGAAAAGGUUCUAACCAUCUCUUAGUGAAGAAUCUGGCUGAAUGAGGAACAAAGAAAUAAAUUAUCACUAAAUUUAUUUCUUUUUCUACGCAUUCCAAAUGCAUGUCGGUUAGUGUUAAUUACAUUAGCCAUGGAAACAGUGUACUCAUCAUCCUUGGUCUAUUGGGAAUCCAAUCUGGAUUAUAAUCUGGAACAUUCCCUAUGGUGCAUCCGUCCUAAUCAAGCCUCUCCCCUCUGCCUAAGUAAUUUUUUCAUAUGCUAUACUCCGUAGAAUGAUAGUCAAAAACUGUGAUUACCUAUAGGCAUGGCUUCUUUGUCAUUGGCCAAUAAUCACGAUGAGAAAUAGAGUCAGUUGUAAGUCAGAACUACUAUUCCAGAUGUUCAGAAAAGUACAUGAAGACAGCUAAACAUAUACGAGGGGAUAUUGAUGAGGGAAAUGUAAUUACUUUUUACUUACAAUUUCAAUGAUUGGGGGGAGCUUUUUGUUAGUUUAUCGAAAUGAACACUUUUAUGGAUUUCACAUCUUCUAUUUUCUUGGAAUGCUUGUUCUCUUUCCAAAUUUGUCGAUAGCCAUUCAUGGAGAUGAUCUACGAAAAUUGAUGGAGCUCAUAUUUGUGAGGUGCUCUUCUUGGAGGAAGAAGAUUUUGCUCUAAUGGUAAGUUUCGGAUAUUCAGUUUUUUUGUGCCAUGUGUUCAUCUAUUUACUAAGUAAGAAGAUUAUGGGAAUGACUAGUUCUUAGCUUCUUUUUUUCUCACUAAUUGUGUUUUAGUACCAAGAUGGCUUGUAUUUGUCCAUGUAUUCAACUUUGGCAUUGUAUGCUUCAUAUAAGUUUGCAAUAUUCAAUUAUUGCACAGUACAUCUUGUAGCCAUCAACGCAUGAACAGUAGUAGUAAUUAGUUGUAUUUCAGAUAGUUUCAGAAUGCCAGUAGUUCUUCUUCUUUUGAGGAUUCCUCAUUUUCCUCCACUUUGUAUCUUUAUUAUUGAUCAUAUCUUGGCACAUACGAAUCUUUUCAAAUGAAGCUUAACUCCACUAGAGAAAUUCUUGGGUGGGUGGUUGUUUUACUUUGCUAUCCCAGUUAGCUUAUGUCUUUAGCUUGGGUUGAUCUGUUGUGACUUCCAGCAAUUUUGGGAACCAUUUGUGGGAGCAUUUAAAUAGUUCACCUAACAGUUUAAACUUUUGUGUCAGAGAUUCUACAUCAAAGUAGGAGGUCCUAAGUUUAAAUUUCUUAGCCUCUAAUUGUCUCUACAAUUAUAUAUCUUCACACUUUAGUCUUGGGCAAAAUCCAAGCCGGCGGAGCAUUUAUCUUAAACCACGGCUUCACCUAAUGGCAUCCACUUCUAAAACACAUGGCAGCACAAACUUUUUAACCAUUUAAUGGAAAAUACUGCUCUUAAACUGAUAUUCUGCAUUUCUCACAAGAUUUAUAUGUCCUAGUGUGAUAGAUAUUUCUGGGAUUCUGCUGCUUCAUUCCAUCUAGCAUUUCUCUAUAUGGUUGUUAUAAAGAGGAACGUGCUAAAAUAUAUGGUGGCUGAUUUCCUAGUACAGCUGUUGUUAUUAUAACUGGUGAUUACUUUUAAUUUCUAGGAAUCUAAUGUUUGCGUUUUCUACAAUGAUUCCAACUUGUCUUAGAUGCUCAAAACUGAGUCAAACUCUUAAUUUGUUAAUCUUUUAAAACUCUGAGUCAUUCGGGUGACUUAUGGUUCUGUAUUUGCAGCCAUGGAUGUGUCUAUGUUAUUGAUGACAUCAUGCUUGUUGAUUAUUUUUAUUUGUUCGUAUCUUCUGAUUAGCUAAUUUUAUGGGGAUAAGUUGUUGGAAGCAAGUUACACAAGUUUUAAUACUUUUCGAAGAAUUGUGAGAAGACAUGGCCUUUGUCUUGUCUUUUUAAAGUAGUUAGAAGACUAUGAUAACCAAAAAAAGAAAAGUUCUUGGAAGACAAGAGUAACAUGGUCAUCACAUGUUUCUAUUCCACGGUUUCACCUUCUCUUCGGAACUGUUGAAUCGCUAUUGGCAGAUAUUUUUCAUUUCUGAAUUGACAAGGAUAGGUUAUCCUGUACAUCUUGUCCUUAUUCAUGUUACCUAUUUUCCCCUCACAGAACAUGGGCAGCUGCCUCUGCAGACAACCUGCUGGCUUCUAGUAUUCUCAUUAUGUCUGGCUUGAUUGAUGUUCCUUACUCAAGAAGUUUGUAUUAGCAUCACAAUUGUGUGAAACAUUAUUUUUUAAGUUGAUUUGGCAGGUUCUGCGAGGACUUGGUAGUUAUGUCCAAAAUUUGGUUUGUGUUUACUAAACACUGUUUAGUACUCAUUCUUGGUUUGGUUUUUGUUGACUUUCUUUAUAAUGAAAAGCAAAAAAGAAAAGCUCUCUGGGCC